AUAAUUCAAAAUGAGAAACUUUUGUGCGUUCAUUAGCCUGCUUGUGCUACUGACGUCACUUGGCUUCAUGAUCACUUGUUAUCAGGUCAGUUUGAAGAAAGGAAAUCAUGCUGAUGUGGAGAGAGUUUACAAAAUAGAAGGUUUAAAAGCACAUCCAGAUUGGGAUCACACAUACUCUUGCUUCUUUAAUAUUCCACUCUGCAUAGUGAAGCUCACUCCUGAAAUUGCAAAUUCUACUGCUUACUUCUUUAAUCACAAUUUCCCCAUAAAGUAUGUAACACCAAUCAGAGAGACCUUCCUUCCUCACCUACAUCCAAGCGAAGGCGGUUCCGCUCCAUGGUACUUCCAGUCUGAAACCUUAAUAUCAAUCAUCUUUAUCUUAACAUUGGUUGGAUGGUUUGUGGAUUAUUUCCUAAAAGUCCUAUUCGGCAUGCUAUUCCAGAUUUUAUUCACAAUAGUUGUAUUAGCAGUAGGAUUAACCUUAUUCAGACAGGAGUGUUAUGAAAAUCAAUUCUAGUACACCAUUUGAGCCUGUGGGGCAUUUAAGUCAUUCUUUGAGUAACCUAUCAGCAUAAAUAUAUAUCCAAUCAGACAUUCAC